AUGAAGCUCACCAUCCUCGCCGCCCUCGGGCUCGUCCCCGUCCUCCUCGCCGCCCCUGUCCCAGAGGCCGAGCCCGAGGCCAACCCAGCCCCAGCCCCAGAGGCCAACCCAGGCGACUAUGGCGACUACGGGGACUACAAGAACACCGGGGUGGGCAAGUACGGCGACUACGGUGACUACAAGCAGCCCCCAAAGGGAGGGUACGGCAGCUAUGGCGACUACAAGGACGUCAAGCCCGGGCCCCCUACCUAUGCCAGCUACGGCGACUACAAGGACACUGGCAAGCCGACCACCUAUGGGGACUACGGAAACUAUGGAAAGUACGGCAGCUAUGGCAAGUACUAG